AUGGCAAGGUGGAUUGUUGGGACGCAUACAAAUUUCGCCCUUUUAAUAUGCCUGGCGAACACAAUUUCCUUUUGCAGCGGAUACUCUUACAAAAUUAGGAAGAGUGAAUGCAUAGCUAAUAAGGCUUAUUUUAGCAAUGUCUCGUGUAUUUUGAAGCCAUUAAACUGGACUCGGUCGGUGAUGAACAUGGAUGGCGACAUUAUAGACGUUUUAACUGAUAUUAAAAUGACGGUAGAAGUCUUCUAUAAGGACUCUUCAAAUCUUUAUAAACCCUUUGCAGUCAAAUUUAGCUUUGAUAUUUGCCAACUUUUAAAGAAUAAAGCACAAAGAAAUUUUUUGGAAAAAUACGCUUUGAACCAUUUGGAGGCCUGGACUAAUGUAAACCACAGUUGUCCUUAUAUGGUCGUUUUAAUAGUUGAAAUUAUCAAUAUCAAAAUAAGAAAUAUUUUAUAUUUAAAGGGUCAUUUGUUUGCACGCGACUUCCAUUUGGAUGAGAUGUCUUUGCCUGCUCUUCCUCUUCAGGACUACAAAAUUGCCUUUAAUUUUUCAGGAGCGAAGCCAUGGAAGCACUUGGGAGUAGUUCUUAUCUACUUCGAAGUGCUCGAGGAUUAUUACAAGAACAAAAGGAAUAAGCCACGUCCAAAAUUUAUUGAUUGA